UAAUGGAGGACUACCUCUACUUCGCUCUUCAUGGCUGCUUCCUCGCCAGAGAGUUCGAGAACAGUCCCCCGACCCAACCAGACGAGUUCUACAAGUCAUGCCAAACCAUCGCCGAGGCCUUCACGAGGGCCAUGAACUGCCUUAACUCACGGAACCCGGUGACCGCCUUGCUCCGCCUGCCGGACGUCAAUGGGGAGCAGCCGGACUUCGCCGGGAUCCAGCUUGAGUCCUCCAGGGCAAUGGACCACGUCGUGCACAGCAACGGCGUCGACCUCCUGGUGCAACUCGGUGGCUGCAGCCAAUCCCCCGAGACCGCCGUGGCCGAGCCGUCGGUCUCCGGCGCCGCUGGUUUUCCGACCUUGCCGGGAUUGAAGAAGAGGAGAGGAUCUUACGAGAAGAGGACGAUAAGGGUUCCCGCACCACCGAUCGGGAACGUCGACAGCAUGCCGGACGACGGCUAUACAUGGAGGAAAUACGGGCAGAAGGACAUACUGGGGUCAACAUAUCCAAGGAGCUACUACCGGUGCACCAACAAGACGUUCUACGGCUGCGAUGCGAAGAAGCAGGUGCAACGGACGGACGACGAUCCUCGCACGUAUGAGAUCACCUACUGCGGCCACCACACGUGCCACACUACGGGGCCGCUGCCCGUGGCCGCCAACCCGGUCGCCGCUGCCGAGCAGGAGAUGCUUGAGCCCUUGCCCGCCGGAGGGUUCGCCGGCACCGGACCACUCUUUCCGGUGAGGGAAGCGCCUGUGAAGACCAUGGAGCAGCAGCUGCUGGAGUAUGCAGACGCCAUAUUCAAUUCAGGCAGCAGCAGCAGCAACAGCAUGGACUCAUUCUUCUCACCCAAAGGGGAGAGGUAGGGAAACGUGUUACCCGAUGAAGGCCAUAUUCGUCCAACAAUGGGUCUUGACCUAAUGGUUGACUUCUUGAUUGUCCG